AUGUUCACACAGCCGCUCAUGUACAAGCGUAUCCGUAAGCAACCAACUGUUCUGGAGAAAUACGCCAAGAAGUUGAUUGCUGAGGGCGUGGUUACUGAGGAGGAAUUGAAGGCUGAGGAGGCUAAGUACAGCAAGGUGUGCGACGAGGCCUAUGCGGAAGCUAAAGCUCAGACUGUGAUGUAUAACCGCUCUUGGUUGGACUCCCCGUGGGAGGGAUUCUUUGAUACUCGCGAUCCCAUGAAACUACCCAGCACUGGUGUUGAAGAAUCUGAACUUGUUGAAAUCGGCAAGGCUGUCAGCAGUUAUCCUCCGGAUUUCGUCGUCCACCCUGGUCUCAAGCGUGUUCUGGCUGAGCGAGAAACGCUGACUAAAAAUCGUACCGCCAAUUGGGCGCUAGGCGAGUUCUUGGCCUACGGCUCUCUGCUCAAACAAGGCACUCACGUUCGCAUCUCUGGUGAGGACGUUGAGAGAGGCACCUUUGCCCAUCGUCAUGCUGAUGUGGACAAGAUGACCUAUGUGCCCCUGAAUCAUCUGUCGGACAAGCAGGCACCCUUCACCAUCUGCAACAGCAGUCUCUCCGAGUACGCCGUCAUGGGCUUCGAGAUGGGCUACUCUCUGACCAAUCCCAACGCCCUAGUCAUCUGGGAAGCCCAGUUUGGCGAUUUCGCUAACACUGCUCAAUGCAUCAUCGAUCAGUUCGUCUCUUGUGGUCAGCAGAAAUGGGUUCGACAAUCUAAUCUCGUGGUCCUGCUACCCCACGGCUACGAAGGCAUGGGUCCGGAACACUCGAGUGCCCGUAUCGAACGAUUCUUGCAACUCUCGAAUGACGAUGAGGACUUCAUUCCUAUGUUUGGGCCUGAUUUCACUAUGCAGUCACUCCACGACAGUAACUGGAUACUGGCCAACUGCACAACCCCCGCCAACAUGUUCCAUAUCCUUCGGCGCCAAAUCCUACUACCUUUCCGCCGACCCUUGUGCGUCUUCACACCGAAAUCGCUGCUUCGUCUGCCGGAGGCCCGCUCCUCUUUCGACGACAUGCUGCCCGGCACCAGCUUCCGACCAUACAUCCCGGAUAGCGGUCCCGCCAGUGAAAAUCCGGAGCAAGUUAAGAAACUCAUUCUCUGCUCUGGCAAGGCAACUUUUCUUUCCCUCCCACAGGUGUACUACGAUCUUGUGAAGCAGGUGAACAGUUCAGAGAUGUCCCGAGACAUUGCAAUUAGCCGUAUUGAGCAACUUACCCCGUUGCCCUACGAUCUGAUCAAGGAGGACAUUGAACGCUAUCCGAAUGCCGUCGUCCAGUGGGCCCAGGAGGAGCACAAGAACAUGGGCGCAUGGACCUACAUCCGCCCGAGACUUGAACAUCUAAUUCGCCGUCUCCUGCCCGACCGUACUCACCAGAAGCUUAUCUAUGCCGGCCGACCCCCAAGCUCCUCCACCGCUACCGGUCGCAAGUCUAUGCACGUGAUGGAAACGUCCCAAAUCUUCAAGUCAGUCCUAACCCUCUCCUAG